AUGUCAACCAGUAAACCAAUCCUCAUCUCAGGCUCCGGCCUAGCCUCCCUUUUACUCGCGCAAUCCCUCAAACAAUCCCAAAUACCCUUUAAAAUCUUUGAGCGCGACGCAUCUCUUAUCUUUCGCGCCCAAGGAUACCGACUUCGCCUCUCCAACGAAGGCCUUGACGCAAUAGAGUCAGUUCUUGACACCCAAACGUGGAACAAGUUCUGGGAUCUGUGCGGCAAGACGGGCGGUGCUGGUUUAAAAGAUUUCGAUGCCGUCACCGGCGAGCAAAUUGUGAAUCCCGCAAAAGAGAACCUGCCGUCGCGCGGGGGAAAGAUUGUGGGGAUUGCGAGAGGAGAUAUGCGGAGGGUCUUUGCAGAGGGCUGUGAAGAACACAUCGAGUGGUCCAAGAACGUAACAGGCUACGAGUUGACCGACGACGGUGUCAAAGCCAUCUUCGACGACGGAUCCAGAUCUAUCGAGGGCUCGAUGCUUGUCGGCGGUGAAGGCAUCUACUCCAAGGUUGCAAAACAGGUGUCGGAUGGAAAGCUGAAGACUUACGAUACUGGUGCAAGAGGUAUUCACGGCCAAGCACCUACCACCGCGUUCAAAGGACUGGGCGAAGGAGUUUUCCGAAUAAGUGAUGAUUCGCGCGAAGGCGGUGCUGCAUUUAUCAUCACAAAUGUCCGUUCUGGAGAUAUGGACGACCCCGAUGUCAGUUUUGGCUGGACAAUGGUGGGACAGCCUGGUGUCAUCCGCGCCCCCAACGACAAUUACUCCAUCGUCGGAAAAGAAGCCGCCAACAUCGCCAAGUCGAUUACCGAGAAGUGGAGUCCGAAAUUCAAGCCUUUAUUCGACCAAAUGGAGGAGUCCGAGGCUGCGUUUUGGAAGAUCACAUGCUCAACACCAUCAGGUGUGCCAGAGUGGAAGAACGAGCCUCGCGUGACGGUCAUUGGCGAUGCGGCUCAUUCGAUGACACCGGCGGGCGGUAUUGGCGCCAACACGGCUGUUCGCGACUCUGCAUUGCUGGGGAGAUUGCUGCGUGAGGCUGGAGGAUACAGUGCUGAUGUCACGGCGGCGUAUGAGAAGGGGAUGAGGGUAUAUGGUAGUGAAGCUGUUCACCAGAGCUACUCGGCAGCUGUGAAAGGAUUUGGUAUUGUUAUUGAUGAGGAGACUUCCCCAGUUGUGUAG